AUGUCGCGUCCAUUUCCUUACACUUACAUAUCAUGUCCCUGCGCCGACACCCCUGUGCCUGACCCGGCCAGGAAGCGGAGGUCGAGGGGCUCGCCGCAGAAAUCACCGACCCCCGAGCAGCCAAAUGUCGACAACGAUAAUAAGGAAUCCAAAGAAGCAGAAAAUCAAGAUGGGGAUGAAGAAGAACAGACCUUUGAUCCCCGUUCGCCGCGUUCCAAUUUCUCGCUUUAUCCUCCCGAGCAGCUCCUAUACUGCGAGGACUGCCACCAGAUUAAGUGCCCUCGGUGCAUAACGGAAGAAAUUGUGAGCUGGUACUGUCCAAAUUGCCUAUUUGAAACCCCAAGCAGUAUGGUCCGUAGUGACGGUAACCGCUGUGGCCGAAACUGCUUCAAUUGUCCAACUUGCACAGUUCCACUUGCUGUGAGCACAAUUGAAAACGUUACGGCGACCGGUAGCCAACAAGGGCCCUGGGUUCUCUCCUGCGCUUAUUGUAUGUGGACAACGCUCGACAUCGGCAUCAAGUUCGACAAGCCGACCAACAUCCGCGCCCAGCUGCAAAAGAUGACCGAUGCCACCGCUGCACCUGCAUUGGAUAGGUCAAGGCAAGCUUCGCGGACUUUUGGUGAUUUGAAGUCGCCUCUCUCCAGCUACGCAUCUAUCGACGAGCAAUCGGCUUCUCGCGAGGCCAACGGAGAGCAGUCUGCAACAAAGGAAGACGAGACACCCACGCCAGAUCUUGGUACAGAUGCUCGGUUUGCAGCCUUGAAGUCAUUUUACCGUACACAGAUCUCGGAGACGUCAACCUCACCCGGCGAUCCUCUUGGCUCGGACCUUGGGUUCUCGUCACCCGGAGCCCUGAACCGACUCAUGUCUCUGUAUACUUCAUCCUCCCGUCUAGGAGGGCUUUACGGUGGCAGCAAAAAACCCAAAUCUAAGCCUCCAGUCAUGCGGGAAGCUCUUACCGCCAGCGAGGGUCUCCGCAUUGCCCCAGAAAAAGGCGAUGCCGAUGUGAUCGAGCGGCUCGGAUCCCACGAAUGCGGCUGGGACGGCGUUGCAUCCAUCGACCAGCGUAAGGAGCAAUCGCCCGAUGUCCGGUUCACUGAUGAUUUGCUCCCGCUGCCAUGCCUACUGCGUACAAAGCGUGCCAAGCGUUGCAAGUCCUGCAAGCACAUUCUCGUGAAGCCCGAGACCAAGCCACAGUCCACCCGCUUCCGUAUCCGCCUCAUUGCCCUCAGCUACAUUCCUCUCCCAACACUACGCCCGCUUGCACUUCCUUCAUCCUCGUCUCUAAUGUCCUCUCCGGUCCCGGAUCUCAAUGCGUUGCCUCCUCUUCGCCCAAUCCAUGUUCUACUCACAUUGAAGAACCACAUGUUCGACCCCGUUCGCAUCACUCUUGCUACUCCGUCCGUCACUCCAGGUCGUGUGGCAAGCAAAGUUACUGUUCUUUCACCGCAAUUCGACAUCGGUGCUAACAGUGACGUCUGGGACGAAGCGUUACAGGGUGCCUCCGCUCCUGUGACCGGGGACCCUCGUCUUGCGGGUCUGCGUGGAGUGCCAGAAGCCGGGAAGGUUUGGGACAAGGGCCGCAAUUGGACGACAGUGGUAUUGGAGGUUGUCCCCGGGACACUUCCUGGCUCUGAAGCCGAGGGUGGUAACGAGGCAGGCGAGGAUGGUACUCUGGCGCAACAGGACGGGGAUGUUCUGGAGAUCCCAGUAUUCGUGCAUAUGGAGUGGGAUGCGGAAGCCCAGCUCGAGCAACAGAAUGUCGGAAAGGCGUCUAAGCCGGAUGACUUGGUGGCUCGGGAGUUGGCCUAUUGGAUGGUCCUGGGCGUGGGAAGAAUCAAGACUUCGUUGUAG